AGUAAAUGACUCCAUCCUGUAAAAUUAAUUUCUUGAGAAAUGAAAUGGCUUGAGAUGCAUGUCUCCGUCUCUCUCUUCUUAAGCAGACGAAAAAAAUGUGAUCUUUCCUGUUCUAAUAGCAAAAUAAGUUAUUAUAUGGAGAUCAAUUCUGCUUGUUAUGUUUUAUUUGAAUGAGCCUCAUUAAACAAAACAGCCUUGCAAUCACGUUACAAUCUCUCAAGAGGCUCUUCGAUAAAAGAACACAUGACGUGCCCUCUUCUCUCUUCUUACUGUUUGUUUCCUUGUUCAUUUGUGGCUCAGUCCUCAUCUCAGCCGCAAAGCAUCUUUUCCCAAUUCUUCUUCUUCCUCUUCCUCUUCCUCUUCCUCUUCGUUCCUCCAUCCUUUUCUUCUUCGGAUUAAUUCUUGCGCAAUACCACGGGGAAUUUCCCACUCUAUUUCUCCUUGAUUUGGCUCGUGCUUACCCCUCCUUCUGUGUCGUAUCUGUAUAGGUAGCCAAGACUUUUACCAUUAUCCUCAACCAACCUUUGCGUCAAUCUGCCCUACAAGGCGCCGUUACGCUUAAAACCUCCCCCCCCCCCCUCACCCCCCC